GGCGCCUUCCUCUGCAGCUGCCAGUGCAGUCCAGGGGCGGUCCGCGGGUUGCCUUCUCUUGCUAGCUUAACCCACUCGCUCCUCCAGUCGCAGCAGCGGGCGAGCCGUCGAGGGAAACGCAGCGCGCCGCCAAUCAUCCCCCUCCUCUGCCCUGCCCUCUCCUCCCUCCCGGUGCCAGCUCGACGCUCGGCUCCGCGGGUGCGAUUCGUCGCCACAGAUCCGCGGCCUGCCUGACUGCCCCAUGCUCUUGUAGGGCUUUUCAAUUUCCCCGUUCCCCGUGGGCCACUCGACCGGCCGACGCAGCGGAAGGGCGGCCCCGGCAGUGACCACGAAGCGAAGCGACGCGACGCGCGACCCUAUCCCAGAAGCGGCGUGCGGCCACCGGGACUGGCGGCUGGUGGCGGUGAAUCCGCGCCGGCGAAUUGAAUUCCGGCGGUGAAUCUCCUCUUCUGGUCCUGUCUGGAGACCUCGGCGUCCGCUCCUCCUCCAUCUGGUUGCCGUUCUCGACAGCCGCUGAUCUAACGGUCCAACACCGGGCUUGCCCAACAGCCCAAGUGUUUCACUAGUGAUGGCAGAAGUUCAGGAUGGCCAUUAUGAUUCAACAUCACAGUCCACUGACAGCUUGCGUGUUGAGCCUAUAUAUGAGUCGUUCCUAUGCCCGCUUACCAAACAGGUUAUGCAGGAUCCUGUCUCUAUUGACAGUGGUGUUACGUUUGAACGUGAUGCCAUUUUGAAGUAUUUCAAUGAGUGUCUUAGCAGUGGGAAGAGGCUUGUCUGCCCUGUAACUAAGAUGGAGCUCAGCAACACUGAGUUAAAUCCAAGCAUAGCUCUGAGGAACACUAUUGAUGAAUGGAUGAAUCGCAACGAGGCAGCCAAACUUGACGUUGCUCGUAAGUCAUUGACUUCUGAUAGCAUGGAAAGUGAUAUCCUACAAGCACUCCAGUAUGUUGAUGAGAUAUGUCAGAGAAGUAGAUCCAGUAGGCAGGUUGUGAGAAGAGAUGGAUUGAUAAUCAUGAUUGCUGACUUGUUGAAGAAUAGCAGUACGAAAGUACGGCAAUCAGCACUAGAGACUCUUAGCUCCAUUGCAAAAGAUGACAAUGACAAUAAGGUCGAGAUUGCUGCUGGAGACAAUAUUCGCACAAUUGUAAAGUUCUUAAAUCAUGGGCAGACUCAGGAAAAGGAACAAGCUGUGUCUCUGUUGUUUGAACUUUCAGAAAAUAAGGCUCUUUCAGAUAGAAUUGGCAGUGUUUCUGGAGCUAUUCUUAUACUUGUUGGCUUGUCAAGCAGUAAAGUAGAAAACCUUCUGAUUGUUGACAGAGCUGAGAAGACAUUGGAAAAUUUAGAGAGCUGUGAAAAGAAUGUUAGGCAGAUGGCUGAAAAUGGUAGAUUGCAGCCCCUUCUGAGACUGCUUCUUGAAGGUAUGAUUCUUUCAUAUGUACAUGUUUCCUUUUCGCAACAAAGUGAUUUUGUACUCUUUUACAGCUGUAACAUUGUGAGUGCCACCCAAUAUUCUCCACCACAAAGGGAAGUACGCAUGAAUUCCAUCAAGCUCCUGAAUAACAUAUCACCUUAUAUGGGCCAGGAACUUGCUGAUGCUUUUCGUGGAAACUUUAGUCAACUCAGCAGCUUGGUCAAGGUCAUUGCUGAUAACAAUGGUAUUUCUGAAGAGCAAGCAGCUGCUGCUGGCCUUGUAGCUGAUCUUCCAAUGCGGGACUCAGUCCUCACCAGACGUCUUCUUCAAGAUGGGGCAUUUGCAACAAUCAUUAAAAAAGUCACAAGAAUACGACAAGGGGAGAUUCGUGGGGGUCGUUUUGUUAACCCAUUCCUCGAAGGUCUAGUUAGAAUAGUCUCCCGUAUCACAUUUGUCUUGGAUGAUGAUCCAGAUAUCAUUGCUGUUGCUCGUGAUUACAAUCUUACUUCACUCUUCACUGAUCUGCUUCAGAUGAAUGGGCUUGACAUUGUCCAGAUUGUCUCUGCUAGUGCGCUUGAGAAACUUUCACAGCAGUCAAAACAUCUUACGAAGAUACUGCCUGCUCCCAGCCCAGGGUUGUGCUUUUCAAUAUUUCCAUGCCUCAGCCAGAAGACUGUAGCAACUGGGGUUUGUAGAGUUCACUGUGGGAUUUGUUCUGCAAGGGAGAGCUUCUGUCUCUUGGAGGGGAAGGCAGUGGAGAAGUUAGUAGCUUGCUUGGAUAAUAAUAAUGAGAAAGUAGUCGAAGCUGCUCUAGCAGCGCUAUCCACUUUACUGGAGGAUGGAGUGGACAUUGACCAAGGUGUCAUGGUGCUGUGUGAUGCAGAAGGAAUCAACCCGAUACUUGAGGUAUUGUGUGAGAACAGAAAUGAGGCACUGCGCCAAAGAGCGGUGUGGGCAGUGGAGAGAAUCCUGAGGAUGGACGAAAUAGCAUAUGAGAUAUCAGGAAACCAAAAUGUUGGUACAGCCUUGGUGGAGGCCUUCAGGCAUGGUGACUAUAGGACAAGACAAGUUGCAGAGCGAGCAUUGAAGCAUGUAGAUAAGCUGCCCAAUUUCUCUGGGAUAUUUUCUAAGAUGGGGGCACAAUGACAAUGUUACAUGAAAGUUGUCGAAUUCUAUGACACAUGGAUUGCAGAUCCACAUGAGGCGCAGAUGAACACAUGUAGUUUGGCCUGUGUUCCCAGCAGGCCUUCAUUGGUUUUGCUGACCUGCACUCCAGAUAGAUGGUGUAGCAAUCUUAUUGAUCGAAGAAUUGAAGCAUUGCACGUGUUGUAUAGUGUAUAUUUCUACUUGUAAACUUGUCUGUACUUUGGAGAUUGGUCAGAUUCAUAGAAUAGGUUGCUAUCCCUGUUUUGUUGAGACAAUAAAUAACGCAAAACCCCCCAGCUCUGGGUGGAAAAAAGGAAGAAAUGUGGAGUAUUUGCAUCAGAUAUAAUUUGUGGUUUUCUGGUUGAGUUUGCUGCGA